GCUAUACCACAUGCUGAAAACAUGGCUGCUUCUGUACGGGUGAGGACGUGGAACACAUCUAGCUCAGUGAAAACCUGGCUCCUUUAUUUGGCAGGGAUUAUUUUACUAGGAGAUGUAAAUAGCGGGGUGAUGGCAGCUCCAGAACCAGGACAGUGGAGAAUUACAGUUGUCAAUACCUCAAGACCAUUGCUUUUGAGGAAAUCUAUGUAUAAAGACACUGAUAUCAAAUUGAAAGUUGUGUCCUUUGGAUGUCCAGAGGAGAUUACUUUUACCAUUCAAUGGUACUUGAAAUACUACCCCUGUCACAACGAGUUCAAUAAUAUUGAGGAAAUGUAUGAGAGGACGCCACUGAGUCGAGGACAGAGUAUGGAUCCUAACCCUCUAGGACAAGGGGAAUGCAUUGAGCACAAGCACAAGCCCUUGACCUGCAACAAUGACCUGCGAUACUUCCCAAUGCUAAAUAAAGCCAAGGUGGAACCACGGACAGUUGUCCCGCCCAUGGAAGGGGCAGCACCGGGUUCGGAUGAGAACUACACCAAAUGGACGAUGGAGGAGUACGACAAAGUCAGCGGUGUGAAGAAUUCCAGUGUGUCACUUAAAGAUGAUGUCAUUGCCACCACGUGGAAGGAUGGCCCCUAUUUGUUAGUGGUGGUGAUUAAAUCUAACAAACCGGAAGCCAACUGGAAUUUAACUGUAAACGUUGUAAUGAAAGGAACUCACGGCUACAUCUCCAUCACUGAAUGGCCUCUCAUGAUCUUCUACAUGGUGAUGUGUAUAGUGUACAUCCUGUACUCGUUACUCUGGUUCAUGUGGGCUGCCUGUUACUGGAAGGACUUACUGCGGAUCCAGUUCUGGAUAGCUGGAGUCAUCUUUCUGGGCAUGGUGGAGAAGGCUGUGUUCUGUGCUGAGUACGAGAACACCAACGGUGUCGGGGCAGCUUCUCCAGGCCUGUUGAUCUUUGCUGAGCUCAUCUCUGCCCUGAAGAGAACCCUGGCACGGCUGCUGGUCAUUAUUGUUAGUCUGGGAUAUGGUAUAGUCAAACCUCGACUGGGUACUGUGAUGCACAGAGUGGUGGGACUAGGCGUCCUGUAUUUUGCCUUUGCUGCUAUCGAAGGUGUGCUUAGGAUCACUGGGGGCCGUGACAAUGGUCUUUCCCUCAUCACAAUCGUUGUUCUAGUUGUGAUGGACUCGUGUAUCAUCUGGUUCAUAUUUGUGAGCCUGGCUCAAACUAUAAAGACACUGAAGCUGAGGAGAAACCCAGUCAAACUGUCUCUCUACAGACACUUCACGAACACACUCAUCUUUGCCAUCAUAGCUUCAAUCAUUUUCAUGGUGUGGACGACAAAAAAAUUCCGGCUAGCAGAUUGUCAGUCGGACUGGAUGGAGCUGUGGGUAGAUGAUGCCUUCUGGAGGUUCCUCUUCUCCAUCAUACUGCUGGUUAUCAUGUUCUUAUGGAGACCAUCUGCUAACAACCAGAGGUAUGCAUUCACUCCUCUGAUGGACGACUCUGAUGAUGAGGAGAUCGAGGACUUCCUGGUGUCAGCUAAUUUGGCUGACGGCAUAAAGUUGAGAGCAACCAACUCCAGGAUUGAGACAAACGGUUCUGCCAAGCCUUCAGGACCCAACCCGGAUGAAGACAUGAAAUGGGUGGAAGAGAACAUUCCUACCUCUUUAUCAGACGUAGCGUUGCCUGUCCUUCUCGACUCGGAUGAGGAAAUCAUGACCACAAAAUACGAGAUGUCCAAGAUGGAGUAACAUGGAAAGUCUUCCUCCCACCCAUGGUGGAUGCAGAGCAUCUCUACCUCGGGCUCCUAAUGCAUGGCAUGGAAUAGACAGAUCAUCUGGAGCACGACACCUCUCCAAUCCUAGUCCUAGGGCUGUUUAGGCUGAGACUCAGACCUCUGUUCCUCUGUACAACACUACUGUGGCUUAACGCAACACCUCUGACUUGGCAAUCAGCAGGGUCCUAUUCAUUGGGCAUCGAAUGGAAGAAAAUGGAUCAAAACGAGGAGGUACUACUUCAACUUGUCCAAUAAGAAAUACUUGUUUUAGUUUUCCUUUCCAGAGUGUUUGUUACGGUGUGCUCUAAUGUAUUCAACCGAUGUUAUGUGGGCAACAGAAAAUCUCACCUGCAAUACUCCUAUUCUUUGCGUCCCAAAUGGCACCCUGUUCUCUAUAUAGGGCACUGCUUUUGACCAUGGCCCAUAAGGUUUUAUAGGGAAUAUGGUGCCUUUUGGGAUGUAACUUAUGAGACUUCUGUUCCAAAAGAAACAGCUUCACUUUAUGUUAAAUGCUGUAUGUAUUUAUUAACAUUCUUUUUCUCACUGAACUUGACUUUAUAGGAGAAAGGAACAAGCUGGUAUAUUAUUUCAACACCAAUUGGACACACUGCAUAAUAACAUUACCAAUAUUGUUUUGAUAGUUGAUAACAUUCAGAGGUGUAUAGUAAACAUUAUUUAUUAUAUAUUUCACUAAGUGAAGCUGUUUCCUAACCAAAGUAUAAUGUGAUGUGGGAGAGUUUGUGCGUUUCUGUCUAGGCUGGGACACCGGAUCCAUACGUGCAGUGUGUUACGCAGUACUAAACAGAAGUGUUCUAUCAAUGUUCCGAAAGUUUACAUCACUGAAUGGACCCCUGAGGUUGGUAGAGGCAGUACUGUAAUUGAGGCUUACGUCAUUGAGGAGUUGUGUGUUUGAAUGUGAGUGGAGGGAAUCUUUAGCCUGGUUCCAGAUUAGCAAUAACAGCGUUACAAUGGCCAUAGGAGUUGGCAAGACGGCACAAACACAUCUGGGAGGGAUCAGGCUAGGAAGUCCUCUGUUUCCGCUAGUCAAAUAAAAAGCAAUAUUCUAUACGUCCUAUGACCUUGUAAGGUUUACUUACACUCCUCUAGUACCCUCCCUUUAUCUGUUUUACAUUGCUUGUGCACCAAAUGGUACCCUAUUCCCUAUAGCAGGGGUGCCAAGCUCAUUCCAUGUAAGGGUUAGGUUUGUUUUUUUCCCUUUCAAUUAAGACUUAGACAAUCAAGUACAAAGGAGGAGUGAAAACCCACAGAUGCUCAGCCUUCCAUGGAAUGAGUUUGUAAAGAGUGCCCUAUAUAAGUGCACUACUUUUGACCAGAUCCCUAUGCGCCCUGGUAUAAAGUAGUGUGCACUAUAUAGGGGAUAUGGUUCUAUUUGGGACAAAAAUGGUUAUUUAUGUUUAAGUGUACUUACAACUUGCUAUAUUUAGUUUACUCUAGGUACAUUUAUGGGGAUGUUGAUAUUGUGUGAUACGUUUUAAUGUUAUUUCUGAUUUGUUGUCAUCUGUAGCUUUUUCUAAAACUCUUUAAAGGACAAACUAUUGGAAAUGACUCGUCUCAUUGAUUUAAUUACUGCGUUUUGUUUUGCCGUUGAAACGGUGAUGUGGCUCUCCAUCUUAUGGUCUGUAAUGGUAUAACCCUUUCAAAGUACAGAUUCUUUGUGCACCAUUUCUGUAACGGCAAUCGGUACUGGUGCCAGUUAGAUGGUGUCUGAAGUCUUCAGCUGUAUAAGAGAAAGGGGGUUUGUCUCAUGUGGACAUUUCCAAAUAGGAUGAUGUUGUAUUGGUCCAUGUUAUGCUCUGCAGCCUUCACCUAGGUUAGGGAGUUAUGAUUUCACUCACAACCUCAACUAUUUCCUAAGACCUGUCCAGAAACAUUCCCUACCCACUAGAUUGUCUUACAUCUGUCCAAUCCUUGCAUAGGUAGGGUGUAGUGGUCAGUUUGGGAAUCAGGCCCUAGUAUAUGUAGUGCUUUCCCUAACUUGUAUAAAUUCAUAUUAAGAUACUUACUCAGACCCUGACAUUCUUCUCUUUAUGAUCAUUGUUUCCCUCUUAUGUAGCCUGUAUGUCUGUCUCAGAGUUGGUUAUUUUCACUUAACAGACUGGUUUUGUCUGACUUAGUACUGUUAUUAUAUUAUUUACUGCCUGAUACCUUUUUUGGAAGGGUUAACAUCUUCAAAGCUAUGCUUUAACUUUUAAACACAGGGCCUGUGUUCAUAAAGCGCCGCAGUGUGAGUGCAGAUCUAGGAUCAGUUUGACCUUUUUAGAUCGUAAUGGACACCUGAUCCCGAUUGGCACGCCUACUUUGAGAUGCUUAGUAAUGUACAUAUGGCUCCAGAUCAAUGUGGCUUGUUUGUCCUUUUUAUUUCUGUUGACAGCAGAGAGCGAGAGAACAGCACCAUGUUAUUAGUAUGCCAAACUGUAAAUCUGUAUUUAUGAUGUUUGUUAAAUCUUUGUUUUCUGAUCUAUUUCAAUACGAUGGUUAAUUUAAUUGUAAAUAAAAAUGUUUUACAAAUU